CAGAGGUUUGAGCCUCUCGCUAACCAAAAUCUCCUCUCCACAACUCUCUCUCUCACUUUCAAAAACUUUCAUGGAGUCCAACAACAGCAAAAACACAGAGACCAUCAAAUUCCUCUGCAGUUAUGGCGGGAAAAUCCUCCCUCGCUACACCGACGGCACGCUCCGCUACGCCGGCGGCCUUACACGUGUUCUCGCCGUCGAUCGCUCUAUUUCUUUCACAGAGUUGAUGGUGAAGCUCGGAGAGUUCUGUGGCUCAUCGGUGAAUCUCCGGUGUCAAUUGCCGACCGGAGAUUUGGAAACCCUAAUUUCGAUCACUUCCGACGAGGACUUGGCGAAUGUUAUCGAAGAGUACGAUCGCGCUUCUUCUUUGUCGAUGAACAACCGUCCUUUGAAGAUCAGAGCCGUGCUCUCGCCGCCGAAAUCUCUCAAACAAAUCUCUCCUCCUCAAACUCCCCCCGAAUCCUUGAGAAACUCUCCCUCCUACCGAUUCGCUCCCCGGACUUACUCGCCGCCGGCCGGUUACUCAAUCGGCGCUCGGAAUUGCUACCGGAAAAGCUACCCGUAUAGCCGCCAAGUUGAGGAGUAUCCUAGGUUUUCGAAGAUUUACACACAUUGACUGAUAGGAUCUUCUUAUACAACACAGACUUCGCAAAGCUUGGUUCAACUUGUUUAACCGACUCUACACUUGCACACAGAGACAGAGACUACGUGCACAAGUGGACUUUUACAUAGCCAUUUGAAAUGCACAACUCCAUUUAUCAUCGAUGGUGACAUUGCGAACGAAAUAUUCUAUCUCAGUCAAAGAUGAAUUGGACGCCUUUCAUGAAUCUCAAAUUCUUUAGUAUA